GAGUGGAUGUAAUCUGUCUGUAAACUCAAAAUUUGAUUCUCCUUAUAAUGCAAAUUGGUAAACGGGCUUAGCAAAACUAUAUGCAUGUAUUUAUGCACGACUGUGAUCAGUGGCUCCUCAAAAACCAAACAAACACUUUUUCUUUUAAUUACAAAACAUCUAAAUGGGUACUUUCAAAUCUUUACCUCAUGAAAUCUUGGAAAAUAUUCUGUCUUAUGCUGAAGACCAUGUAAAGAAGAGCCAACGGAUGGCUGUAAAUAGGAAUUGGUACAAUAUAUAUUUAUCGCUCGUUUACACUGCCCCCAUCAUCGAUUUGGACUCUAAACCCUCCAAAUUUUAUGGCAUUACGGACUCCCCGUUUCGUCCAGGGAAAUACAUAACGUCCAUUACUUUUCGAUCUUUGAAAGCAGAGGCAGGAUACACCACAGAUAUUACCCAAAGCAAACUCUAUCGCUUAAUGAUGCAUACACCCUACGUUAAAGAAGUCAAAUUUAGUACAAUCAACGAUGUGAAAGCGCAAGGCUGGGAAUAUUUUUAUAAUGUACUCAAAAUGGCAAACACCUGGAAAUUACGUUGCUUGCCAGACGAUUGGGAUUCAUACUAUCUAGGCGAGACAUUAUGCUACUCGAUUUAUUUAAAAUGUGCGCAGCAUCUAAAGAAUUCGGUUAGUUCUCUAUACUUGAUUGGUACAAAAAUGCCAACGAAAAUGUUGCCCAGUUAUUUAAAUAUGUUUACCGCAUUGAGAUCUUUGGAAAUCACUGGAUGUUUGCUUAAAAACGUAUAUGAUUUGGAUAUGCUGCUUCAACUCGUCCCUCUUCUGGAAGAACUCACGGUGAGUUUCGAAGAGACAAGCUUCAGUUCAGAUCAUGACAACGGUGGAAUAAUCCUGACUAGAGAGUAUCCGAGUAUAAAGACACUUGAUUUCCGUUCCUUUGUCUUCCAAACAGAUCAGCAAGCAUGCAUAUUUUACACUAAUUUCACAGGCCUUCAAAAUCUAAGCAUUGGAGGCAUUCAAAACGAGCUCACAAUAAAACCAGAAACGGCAAAGAAGUUUUUCACAAUGCUUUUGAGACUUUCGGAUUACUAUUUUGUGCUUCGUGGAACUUUUAUGGGCAAGUUUGAUUUCAUCAACGACAACAGUCCACAAGAGACGCACGCUUCCAUACAUAAUCAUGGCCAUAUGACCGACGCGGUCGGUAUCCAAAAAUCGAAAGACUUCCCAGAUGGGGUGAUAAAUUAUGAUUUUACAGAGGAUCGUGCUGUUGCUACGCAUUUUUUGUUAAGAUUGGGUCCGGAUAUACAGCGAAUCCGAUUCGAACGUGUGGAGGAUGAAAAUAUUCAAUACUAUCUGGAGGUUAUUUUCAGUUACCAGCACAAAAACCUACACACUAUUGUUUUCAAUAAGCUCACGUUCAGGUAUCUUACCCAGGAUAACUUUGUCUUUACAAGUGGCAUCCAAACUAUAUUGUUUCAUUACUGCAGAUUUUCCAUAUAUGCUAUGAAAGUGUUAUCAUUGCACUUUACAAAUUUAAAGGUAGUUAGUUUUAAAGGUACCGAUUCCGAUGAAACUUUCGAUCAUAGCUGGAAUAAUAUAAUCUUGCCAAAUACUGAUAUUCAACAACUCUCGGUAUCAUGUGGUGUAUCCAUACAUGACAUGAUUUACAACAUUUAUCCCGAAAGAUGGGAUCCACGGAUACUUCCUUUAAUUUCAAUCACAUUGACAGAUGAAGGUGUUACAAGAUACUAUUAUACAAGAGAUGAAGGGAUACCAGAAAUUGUGGAAACAACAGGAACACAUUUUGAACUAGUCGCAAAAGCGACGUUACGUUUUGAUGCUUACGCUAAAAUUGUAAAUAUUCACGUUAAAUCUAUCCGAAAACUUACGUUAGAAUUGAAUAAUGAUCCAUCAAACGAUAUUAUAAUGGUUUUCGAACCUUUAAAAAAGAUUUUAACAGUAUUUUGAUAAUUGAAUUAAACAUCUUUUGUUUUAGUACUUAUAUCUAUA